AUGAAUCGACACGUGCGUAUCGGCAACAACGGCAAUGAUGACGACGAGCCACACGGACGGCGUUGGGCGUGCCCUUUCUACUUAGCCAACCCGAUCUGUCACGCGGGUUGCGUGGCGUACAAAAUGGGACGGGUGGCCGACAUCAGACAGCACAUCCAGCGGAAGCACGCGAAAGAAGCGGGGAAGGAGAGGCUUGAGAAGAUGCAAGGCAGUAACAGCAGAGGAGAGACGAACGUGGAUCGGUGGUACGCUCUUUGGGCCCUCUUUUUCCCAGACCUGGAUCGGCCGGCAACGCCGUACUAUACCGGGACCGAGUUUGUCGACCUCUCUGUUGGCUUCAUGUCGCGCUUCAUGGGGGAGUGGAAGAAGGGUGGUAGUAUGCCGGCGGAUGUCAAGACGGUGUUGAUGGAGUACCUGGCCUUCGUCAAGUCCACGUCUCGCGAGAUGAAGUCGGGGCGUAUGUUUGUCCAAGCUGUUACCGAGGUCAGCGAGCACCAAGCCCAAGGCACCGAGAUCCAAGACAGCAACACCUUCCAAGGCCUCCCACUGUUGCCCAACCUACCUAGCCGGGUGACCAUGGGUCCUCCUCAACAACCCGACCCACGAGGCUUCAUUCCCGGGUAUUACGGCACCCCGACGUCGAAUGUCCCGACUCAGCCGCAAACUCCGUCGAUGCCUGUCGCCAACAGUCAAUACUGGCCCCACCUCGCCGACUCUGCGGCAUACCCAGCAGUGUCUGCCCAUGAGCUUCCUCCCGCCCAGUCGCUGUAUGCCACAGCCGCCAACGGGCUUGUCGACUAUGCAGUUGCCGCGUCCAACCUCUCGGGCACCGUGCAUUGGGCCCCGGCGGGUGAUUCUGGAGAUGGCGGUGAUGUUGGGCAGUUCGGCUUCGGAUACGACUACUAG